GCAGCUGCAGUGGUUACUUGGCCAGCAAAUAAGUAUGUGUGAUGUGCAUACACGAUUUCAGCUGCUGUCUAGUCGGUUCAGCGUAUUCGGUAGUCCGUGUAAACAAUAAAUCGUUAAAUGCUGUCCAAAAUCAGUGUACAAACAUAUCGGAGAGCCGUUAACACUGCUACAGUAAGAGCUAAAUAAAAAGGAGACCAAAGGACAAUUAUAAAGACUUAAAAAUGUUCCCGGCCGUCUUGUUAAUAGUAGUGUUUUGCACGCUGACCGUACUGUUCCUGUACAAGAAGAUGACUUACACGUACAGCUAUUGGAAAAGGAAAUCGGUACCGUUUGCCAAGCCGUUGCCGUUGUUUGGUAACAUCAAAGAUUCUGUAACAUUCAAAAUGACUCAAGGUGAAUGUUUGCAAAAUAUUUACAACGAUUUCCCUCAAGAGAAAUAUGUGGGCAUGUUUCAGCUACAAAAACCGACACUACUAUUAAGAGACCCCGAGAUUAUUAGGGUGUUUACGGUGAAAAAUUUCGUUCAUUUCGCCGACAGAGGGUUCUGCUAUGACGGUCACAGGGAGCCAUUGACCAAUCAUCUAGUCAACAUGGAAGGGGACGCGUGGAGAAUUCUCCGACAGAAGUUGACCCCGACGUUCAGUUCCGGCAAGAUCAAAAACAUGAUCGAAAUGCUCACGGGAUGUGGCGAACAACUUUUAGAACACAUAGAAAGAGGCAUCGAGUCCGGCAUUACCGAAUACGACAUGCGUGACCUGACUGCAAAAUACACGACUGACGUUAUAGGAACUUGCGCCUUUGGUUUAAACUGCAACUCGCUAACAGACACGGACUCCGAGUUCAGGAGAAUGGGAACCGCUGUGCUCAAUUCGUCCAUACCGCUGGCCAUAGCCAAAGUGUUCAGGGUGUUCUUUCCUAAAGUGUUCAACGUGUUCAACAUGCGCACUUUCCCGUUGGAAGUACAAAAUUUCUUCUUGGCCAUAGUCAAGCAGACCAUCGAUCACCGACAAACCAAUGCGGUGCGCCGCAACGACUUCAUUCAACUGUUGCUCGAAAUCCGGGACGAACAACAAAACGAACUCAAACAAGAAACUACCGUCAAGCUAACCGAAGAGUUGAUUGCCGCUCAGGUGUUCGUGUUCUUUUUGGCCGGUUUUGAGACGUCUUCCACCACACUGAGUUUUUGUUUGCACGAGUUGGCGCUUAAUCCCAAUAUACAGACUAAAAUACAGGAGGAAUUGGACGCAGUAGUUGAAAAGCACGGACUACCAUUUACUUAUGAUGCCAUCAAAUCUAUGGACUACUUGGAAUGUUGCCUUAAAGAAACUAUGAGGAAGUAUCCUCCGGUACAGGCACUGGUGCGAAAGUGUACGAAACAAUUUCGACUACCAAAUUCUGAUGUCAUCAUCGACGAGGGUACUGCGGUACUAAUACCGGUGUAUGGUAUACAUCACGACCCUAAGUAUUAUCCGAAACCCGAAAUAUUCAAUCCAAAUAGAUUCACCAAAGAGGAAAUCGCCAACAGACCAGCCAGCAGUUACUUGCCUUUUGGCGAUGGUCCUCGCAUAUGUAUCGGUAUGCGUUUUGCCAUGAUAGAAAUGAAACUCGCUCUAGCUCAGUUUCUACAGGACUAUUCGAUAAAGCUUUGUGACAAGUCUAAUGAACAUAUAGAGUUUGAACCCGCGUCAUUUUUGUCAACUCCUAAAGGAGGUAUAUGGCUGAGAGUGCAAAAAAGAUAAACCACUCGUUAUUAUGCAGAAUGUAAAACACCUGUAUUAUAUAUAAUUAUUCUCAUGUAUCAUAACAAAUUAUAAUUAAGUUCCAAAUUAUUAUCUAUUACACUAAAAAAAAAUUGGCCAAAAUUUGUAUACACUAACAAAGACCGCUUGUGAUAAUUGUUUAAAACAAUAAAUACAUUUAUGAUUACAAUGAUAAAAAAAAAUUAAGGUCGAAACAUUCAUUGUUAUAAGAUUAUUCUGUUAUUUUAAAUA